CUUCAUCUCCACCCUCCUCUUACUCUUCGUCGUGGCAGUCGGGAUUAUACCAACUCUCAGCCAGUCCAGUUACCAGACAGAGAUUUCCCAUCCUGACAAAAAUACAUCACUGAGUGCUGGACUAUUUUCAGCAGGAGGGUCAGAGGAGCCCAUGUGUUAUGACUGGGGGGAAUCCAAUGAGGAGGCGGUCUCAGUCCUGGAGGGCCAGGCUGGUUGGCUCUCCUGUCCUCUUUUCUCUCAUCCCUCUGUCUACAACUACACAUCCACCCAGAGUGCCGGACACAACCUCUUCUGGUACCGCCUCCCUGAGGGUCAUGACCUGGAGCAGCCAAUCACAUACAGCUUGCGGCUCAGUAAGGACAGAGAGAGGCUGUGGCUGCAGCCGGCCAUGGCCGAGGACACCGGACUGUACAUCUGUAUGCUACGUAACAAGUCGUCCUGCAGUAAGAUCGCCAUGCGUCUGAAGGUGCUGCGGCUUGACGAGGUGGUCCGUGAACCCGACUGCCAGCCUCCGGUUGUUGUGGCACCCACUCAUUUGGUCAUCCCGUUGCAGGAGGAGAAGACCCUGGAAUGUCCCAACCUACAGGAUGCAACCAAGAUGGCCGACGGUCCUACAACUGUCACUUGGUACCACGUGAGAGUAGAGCACAUGAAGUGUUACCAAUAUCCGUUCUGGAACAGUGAACGGCAGCAGAAGGGAGCCAGUCUUCAGUUCUACGUCAUGUAUUUAGAAUACCAGGGUUUAUAUGUGUGUACAGUCACCUACCUGAGGAGAGGCCGAGCACUCAACUUCACCAGGAGCAUCAACGUCACUGCAGUCAAUCCGUCCAAUCUACCCAAAGAACCCAGCAUCCUCCACCCGACUAAAGACCAGGUCUUCACUGUCAAAAAGGAUACAGAGGUGCGUCUGGUGUGCAGAGGCGUGCUCCCCUACCUGAACUCUUCCUGGGAGAUCUGGUGGACGGUCGAUGGGAAGACGCUGGAUAAACUGGCUGACCAGCGCUUCACCAACAGCAACAGGUCUGUGUGUGUUUGCAGUCUGUUGACUUAUUACUACGGGGACCGGACAGAGGAGAGCGUGCUGGUGAUCAAGGACUUCCAGUCUGAGGACCUAAACAGAGAGUAUAACUGCUCGGUGAGGAACGACCGAGGCUUCGAGACCCGCAGAGCUCAGCUGGAGGAGGAGGUGUCGCUGCCAUCGAUGGAGCUGGGUUGUGGUCUUGGUGUGACCCUAGUCCUCAUGCUGCUUCUCUUCGUGGUUUAUCAUGUCUUCUGGUUGGAGCUGCUGCUGCUCUAUCGCUCCUGGUUCGGCACUGAUGAGCGACACACAGAUGAUAAAGAGUACGACGUGUACAUCUCAUAUGCGAGGAACAGUGAGGAGGAGCAGUUUGUUCUGACGACGCUGCGCAGAGUCCUGGAGAACGAGCUUGGAUACUCAGUGUGUAUCUUUGACAGAGACAGUCUGCCGGGAGGGACCAUCACAGAUGAGACUCUGAGUUUUGUGGCUCGUAGCCGGCGCCUCCUGGUGGUUGUUAGCCCAGGCUACGCCUCCAAGGGCUCCCAGGCACUGCUGGAGCUGAAGGCUGGCAUCGAUGGCAUGGCAUUGGACGGGCACCUGCGGGUGAUCCUGGUUCAGUACAAGCCAGUCCAGAGGAAGGGCUGGGUCAGGGAGCUGAGGAGAGCCCGGGUGGCCCUGGCACUUGUCCGAUGGCAGGGAGACAAAUCCAGAGAGCUGACGUCCCACUUCUGGAAGAGACUGAGGGUGGAGUUACCUGUGAGGAGGGUUAGCAGCAGGGAUGAGGAGGAGGACAGUAAGGAGGUGGCUCUGAUGAGGCUGCACAGUCAGAACAGCACAAACUCCCAGACAGGCCUCAUUACCACCACCGUCAAAGAUCCACAGAAAGUCUUCAACUGUUCAGCAUAGCCAUGAUGGAGGUCAGCAGCUACACAUGUCCUAAAACGUGUUUGCUGUCUCAACAGAACUAUACAGACAUGUUAAAGGACACGAUUAGUUUCAUCACCUUCUAUCAUCUACAGAUCUACAGAAAGCCUCUUGUUUCCCUGGCUCAAAUGAGGGUGUCUGAGACUCAUUCAUUUCAGCAUUUUUCCACAAAACCUUUCAUUUCAUUUAACAACAAGAAUAAAAGUAUACAGCCAAGUUAUUAAUACAUAUAAUAAUCUAUAAUAACAACCUCAGCAUCAGCAUGUAAAAAUGCUCUCAAUGGUAAUGACAGCAUGUUGACAUUAAGCAGGUUCAAUGCUUAAUUCGUCUCAGCAUCUUAUUCGUCAGAGCAUUUUAUUUGUCUCACUCUCUUAGUUUAGCCAGUUAGCAUUAAGCACUACAGUUGAGGCUGAUGGGGAUGUCUUGGCUUCUCUAGGUAUUUGGUUAUAAACCAAAGUUUUGGACAAAUUUACAUUUUGACCUGAUGAUGGCACUAGAUGGAAGGGUGGGGGAUGAAAAGUAUUUACAAUUCAAUUCAUUCAGACUAUGAAUGUGUGUAGCAAAUUGUGUGUACCAAAUUUCACGACAAUCCAUCCAAGAGUUUUUUAGAUAUUUAGAUAAAAAACAAAAAUGUCAAGCUGAUGGUGGUGCUAGAGAAUAAGUCAGUUGAUCACCAGAAUUCAUCUUCAGGGGACCAUGAAUGUCUAUACUAAAUUUCAUCACAAAAGUCAAAGUAAUACAAGAAUUAUCAUUGUUCAUACAACAACUGUAAUGGUUAAUAAGUAGAAGUGCUAGCCUGUGACCAGGUUUUUAAACAGUAAGUGGUAUGGGAAAUGACCAUAGAAUGUAAUUGACAUGUAAUCUCGAAUGAACCUAAAAUUUAAAAAAUUUAAUAUGAUGUACUUUUUUCACCUGAGCCUUGAAAGAAAGUUUGGAAUCAAUAAGAACUCAGAGGUUUACACAGAGAUGUCUGGUUCUACACAAACAAACACUGCUUAGUGUUUUAGAUACAUGUAGACAUAUUACCUUAACCAUGCUAUUCCAUGAACCAUGAAAUUUGUCAGUUCAUAGGCAACUUGUGUCAUGCUGCUACCAUGUACAUAAAUGACAGUGUCAUCUGCAUACAUUUGGAUGUUUGUGUCUCAUUAGCUGAAAGCACCCCAAGGCUGUAGUGUUCAUUAUAACCAUAAUAUGACAAAGCAUUUAGCUAUUCUAGCCUGGUUGCAGUGUUUGGAUGAACUGGCUAAAGUGGUACUGAAUGUUUGUUUUUUUUUAAGCCUGGAGUUUGGGUUUACCUUUAGGCAAAAGCAACCAACCACAGCAGUUGAUAGGUGGAGACACCUGUCAAUCAAGUGAAACUAAAGCCAUGUUUAGACCAAAAAGUACCUGGAACUUUUAGUUCUGACAAAUUGUGUCCCGUAUAUAUUCAAUAGCCCACAGGACACAGCAUUUUAUUUACAAAUAUGUGACGAUCCCAUACAGGUGGCAACCCUAGCUACUCCGGUAGUUGUGGUCCUAUAAGUCCUGUUUCAGUUUUUUUUACCUUCUCCGGGACCUGUUUUGCAGUGUUGAAAAUGUGUUUGCUUGCUCACUCACUCGCUGCGGACUUUUUAAAAUCGUGGAUGAAAUAAAAUGCAGCUAGUACUGAAAUGUUCAGCACUGCAGACCACACCCACCAAAGUUCCUGAACCUUUGGAAAGUACUAUCCCCCGACUAGAUACCGGGGGAAAGUUCCUGUGGUGAAAACAUGGCUUAAUAUACAUCUUUUUACACCAAGGCACAUUAGAAGAAGUGAAAUACACUGAACUUGUAGUAAUAAGACACAAAUUGUAGCUUCACAGCCUCAGCUGUACUUAGCCAAAAGCUAAAAUUAGUCUGCAUAUACACUGUUGCUCAUAAAGUCGGAAUAAAAUAUUUUUUACCUCUUUCCAUGAAAUGAUUGUGACAAUGUGAUUUAUUUCAUUUCACCUGGGUAAUUGGGACACAUAAUGUAAUCAUUGCACCUAGUGAUUACUGGUGCGUUUAAAGAGGAAUAAACAGAGAAUUGUGUCUGAAAACAAAAUUAUUCCAACUUUAUGGGCAACAGUAUAUAAGGAUUAACAUCCUAAUGGAAAGGAAAGAAUUUUGGUUGUUUGGUUGUUAACAUUUAUCUUUGGAUAAACAGAGGUGUUUGAUAACAGGAAAUUUUAGCUGUUGGUAGCACUAGAGGAAAAGUCAGGGGAUCACUUAAGUUAGGAGAAUUCAUUCUCAGGGAACCACAAAUGUCCGAACCAAAUAUCAUCCCAAUCAAGAUAUUUCACCCUGGACCAAAGUGUUGGACUGACUGACGGGCAGUUCAAUCCCUAAACUCACAACCUCAGUUUACCUUAAUAUAUACUGACUGUUAGAGAAGGUCUUAAUGGAGUAAAGAAAACAAAUUCAGAGAUUAUUGUGUCUUGUGGGAAAAACUGUGAUGUAUUGCAUCUCUAGAGAGAUGUUUUGGAGUUUUCUCACCAACUUGAAUAAAGUGAGUUUUUUCUUAAAGCUCCAACUAGUGAAAAUUACAGGAACUGCAUUUUAAUGCACUUUAACACUCAGCUGCGAUGGUAGCUUGGCUGGUUAGAUUUUUUCCUAAUAAUAUUUUGGGGACAUCCAGUGGAACUUAAGCCAACACAGAUGUGAAGUUGGGUGUCACCUGCAAAGAGGGAGAUUUACAAUAUAAUAUCCAACAGACUUUAAAAACACCACAGCUAUAAAAUGUUACAGAGGAAACACAGACCCAUGGAGGAGGGAUCUAUGCACUGCAAUUUUCAAAUAUUAGUUUUAUUAGAGAAAAAAAAGUAUUUACAGAAUAAAACUUGCCUGAUCAUUACUUUAAAAUGUUGCAAUUACUCUGCACUUCUAUAUUUUUUUAUUUCAUUUUAUUGCACUGCUUUCACUUUUAUACAUUCAAUAUAUCAAUAAUAAAUCAACUGUAAGAUAUAAUCUUCUUUGAAAAUAUGCAAUAUGCUAUUCAUCUUUAACACUCAAAAAACAGUAUUAUGGGAUAUAAUAAUGGGAGAAUACAUCCUGCACGUUGUCAUGCUUUAAUGUGUUUAAGCAGUUUACAGCAUUUCAUUUUUUUGUUGUUUAUUCAAUAAAUGAAUUUUUCUUCUAAUGCUA